AUGGCAUCAUGCGGUAGCGGAGUAUCCGAUGCGAGUGACCCGAGGACUUUUACCUCUGACGACGAGGUGGCUACCGAUUCGGGACCUUUUGCCCUACCGAUCUUCGGAGACGACGCACCCCUAGCUGACGGCCCACCUGGAGAGGACCUACCGCUUGUUCCCAUCCCUGCCCCUCUCCCCUUCGCUGCGGUCCCCUUUGAGGAACAACCUAUCGACGCGUUACCCGAUGGUGACAUCGACCUGCUCAUCGAGGGUCCCCCGGAGGGAGACCAGGAUGGUGGGGCCCCGGUGGAGGAUGGUGUUCCACCUGUUGAUAUCCCAGAUGUUGAUCCUAUUGUUCCCAUGGUCGAGCUUCCCUAG